GCCCCCAGAGAGGGCGGGGAGAUGACACAGUUGUUCCCCCAGCCCUGGCGGGGCGGGCAGCAUGGUUCACUCCAGCAUGGGGGCUCCAGAAAUAAGAAUGUCUAAGCCCCUGGAGGCCGAGAAGCAAGGUCUGGACUCCCCGUCAGAGCACACAGACACUGAAAGAAAUGGACCAGACACUAACCAUCAGAACCCUCAGAAUAAGACCUCCCCGUUCUCCGUGUCCCCAACUGGCCCCAGCACCAAGAUCAAGGCUGAAGACCCCAGUGGUGACUCAGCCCCUGCAGCACCCCCGCCCCCCCAGCCGGCCCAGCCUCAUCUGCCCCAGGCCCAACUCAUGUUGACAGGCAGCCAGCUAGCCGGGGACAUACAGCAGCUCCUCCAGCUCCAGCAGCUGGUGCUUGUGCCAGGCCACCACCUCCAGCCACCUGCUCAGUUCCUGCUGCCACAGGCCCAGCAGAGUCAGCCAGGCCUGCUGCCAACGCCAAAUCUAUUCCAGCUACCUCAGCAAACCCAGGGAGCUCUUCUGACCUCCCAGCCCCGGGCCGGGCUUCCCACACAGGCCGUGACCCGCUCCACGCUGCCCGACCCGCACCUCUCGCACCCGCAGCCCCCCAAAUGCUUGGAGCCGCCAUCCCACCCCGAGGAGCCCAGUGAUCUGGAGGAACUGGAGCAGUUCGCCCGCACCUUCAAGCAGCGCCGCAUCAAGCUGGGCUUCACGCAGGGUGAUGUGGGCCUGGCGAUGGGCAAGCUCUACGGAAACGACUUCAGCCAGACGACCAUUUCACGCUUCGAGGCCCUCAACCUGAGCUUCAAGAACAUGUGCAAACUCAAGCCCCUCCUGGAGAAGUGGCUCAACGACGCAGAGACUAUGUCUGUGGACUCAAGCCUGCCCAGCCCCAACCAGCUGAGCAGCCCCAGCCUGGGUUUCGACGGGCUGCCCGGCCGGAGACGCAAGAAGAGGACCAGCAUCGAAACAAACGUCCGCUUCGCCUUAGAGAAGAGUUUUCUAGCGAACCAGAAGCCUACCUCAGAGGAGAUCCUGCUGAUCGCCGAGCAGCUGCACAUGGAGAAAGAAGUGAUUCGCGUCUGGUUCUGCAACCGGCGCCAGAAGGAGAAACGCAUCAACCCCUGCAGUGCGGCCCCCAUGCUGCCCAGCCCGGGGAAGCCGGCCAGCUACAGCCCCCACAUGGUCACACCCCAAGGGGGCGCGGGGACCUUACCAUUGUCCCAAGCUUCCAGCAGUCUGAGCACAACAGUUACUACCUUAUCCUCAGCUGUGGGGACGCUCCACCCCAGCCGGACAGCCGGAGGGGGUGGGGGCGGGGGCGGGGCCGCGCCCCCCCUCAAUUCCAUCCCCUCUGUCACUCCCCCACCCCCGGCCACCACCAACAGCACAAACCCCAGCCCUCAAGGCAGCCACUCGGCUAUUGGCUUGUCAGGCCUGAACCCCAGCACGGGCCCUGGCCUCUGGUGGAACCCUGCCCCUUACCAGCCUUGAUGGCAGCGGGAACCUGGUGCUGGGGGCAGCCGGUGCGGCCCCAGGGAGCCCUGGCCUGGUGACCUCGCCGCUCUUCUUGAACCACGCGGGGCUGCCCCUGCUCAGUGCCCCGCCUGGCGUGGGCCUGGUCUCUGCAGCAGCUGCAGCUGUGGCAGCCUCCAUCUCCAGCAAGUCUCCUGGCCUCUCCUCAUCCUCUUCAUCCUCCUCCUCCUCCUCCUCCUCCUCCACUUGCAGCGAGGCGGCAGCACAGACCCCUGGAGGCUCAGGGGGACCCGAGGCAGGGUCCAAGCCUGAGUGAGGGCCUGCCAUGCCUCCCCUCCUACUCCUCUGACCCCCACCUAGGUCCCCCGCCCAGGAAGAGGGCGAGGAGGCCAGCGGCGGGGAUGCAGAGGGACCUCGGAGCAGGAGUGACAAGGGAGGAAAGACCAAAAAAAUCCCAACCAACCAAAAAAAAAAAAAAAAAGGAAAGAAACCAACCAACAAAAAAGAAAACCAAAAAUAAUCACAACAGAAACCAGCUGCCCCAAAGGAACCAGAGGUGAAAAACAAACAGACAAAAAAGAAAAACCAAAAAACAAACCAAAAAACCCCCUACAAAAUCAAAUCAACCAAAAACCAGUCUCGAGCCAGACCUCAGUGUGCUCACCCUCACUGCUACGACACCAAAUAAGAGCCCCAGCCAGGGGCGGAGGAGCCUUGGCAGUUCGGACCUCACGCCACCGAGCCCUGGCUAUGGGGCCAACCCCCAACCCUGCCUCCCCCCGCGGGGGCUACAGAAGGAAAAAGAGAAUAUGCCAGCCUCCUGGCCCCAGCCCCCAGCCCUGGGCCAGCGAAGACAGGGCACAGCCUAGGGCAGACGGGCUGGGGCUCGGAACCAGCCGCCAAAUGUUCUUUUCCAGAAGGUGAAAGAGAAAGGGCCUGAACAACCUUACACCAAAUAUUCAGUAGCUUCAUCCAAAGGAUGUACAGAAUUUUUAGCAUUGUGCUCAACAGAAUGUGUCCCUAUCAUGUGUCCCCCCCUCCCUGGCCCCCCAGCUCUCCCCAUCUGGGCAGGGGGUCUUGCUUUAACCUCCUCUCUCCCCCCAGCCAGGGGAGAGUUCAGGGGAAGGCCUGGGGAUGAGGUUUCAUCCCCUGUCCUCCCCUUCUUCCCCUUUGAAGGGUGGGCUAGGCCAUUUUGCCAAGUUCUAGCUCUCACAAGUCCCUCCUCAACCCUGUCUCCUUCUCUGCUCUGGAAUCUACGCCCUCCCCGGCCCGUGGGAAGGUGGACAUUUCAGACAAGAGGGGAUGAGGUGAGGCCAUUCAAGUUGUCUUUUUUUCCAUCUUGUCUGUCAGUUUCCCUGAAAAAAAAAUUUCAUAUUCCAGUGCCUAUCCGUGGGAUCCUUCACGUUCUUUGACAUUAACCAGAAACCAAAAAGAGAACUCGCCUCGCUCUUCCCACCCUGUGCCCCUCUGAUACUGGCGAAUGCCUCUCCUCCCCCACACGCACACACGCACGCACCCUGGUAGUGGGGGUCGUCGAGACGGCAUCCCCAUCAGGGUCCCCGUGGCAGGGACAGUGCCAUGACCUGUGGUCCCCAUCCGAGAGGGCGCGGUGGUGGUCACCACUCCCACGAGACCUCCACCAGUCUUGGCUGAACCCUGUGUGUGUCCAGCCCUGGACGCGCCUCGGCAGGGGACGGAGGAGAGACGCCACCGGGAGCCACCUUGCCCUCCUGCCGUUGUGGAGGCCAACAAAGUUUUGAACCAAAAAACAAAAACAGAAAACCAAACAAACAAUAAAUUUAAACUAGAAAAGAAAAAGAAUUUAUAGAUAUAUAUAUAUAUAUAUAAAAGGGAAAGAAGACAAGGACUCUUCGAGAAGAAGAAGGAGCCGCGAGGUGGAGCCAAGCCCUUGGUCCCCAAGGCGGAUGGAAGGACGGAUGCUUCUUUCUCUUCACAAAUACCUCAUGGACGUCGUCUUUGGGAAAGCCGGAGGGGGCGGCUGGGGCAGGGCCUGUCCCUGCCAGGGCGGAUGGAAGCGGGUGGGCUGGGCUGAGAGAGGGUGUCAGGGACAGGGGUGAAGAGCCCCAAACUCCCCGCCCCCCCAAUCAACUGAAAAAGCUUUAAAAAAAAAAGACAGGAAAAAAAAAAAGGAGUAAGAGCAAAAAGAAUGGACGAAGGAAAACUAACAACUGUUGGGUGGUUUGAUUUCUUUUGAUUUCUUUUUCUGUUCUCUUCUGUCCUCUCUCCUCUCUGUCUCCCUCUUCUUUCUCUCCCUUCCCUCUCCUUCCUCUUCCUUGGCUCUUCUCUCACCUCUCUCAACCUCAUUCUUUCUGUGUCUCUCCUCAAACCAAAGUGUCGCUGUGAAGGACGCGAGCCAUUGAAGUCUGAGUGGAGCCCAGCGGCCGCUGGGCCUGAGCAGAGGGAGGGGAAGCCGGGUGGCCUCCCCUUUCUGCUGGACACUCCGGGGAGAGCAAGACGGAGCCCCAGGCCUCAGCGUUCUCUUUUUUUCUUGUCUCCCUUCUCCCACCCGGGAAAUGAAACUGUUGGGCUGGGCCAUGGAGGCAGCAGAGACUCGGCCGUUGCAGGGACCUCCGGGUGCCUUCUCUGGGCAGCGGUGGAGUGGCCGCCCCCCCAACCCUGGCACCGAUGGGGCCUGGCACCGUGUCGACCCAUCCUCGCCGGAAUGUAAGCAUCUCCGCCGAACCGACUCCCUGCCCUUACCCUACCUCUGAGUUUGUCCAUGUUUAUUUCCUGAAGAGAGAAGGGAUUGGCGAGAGGGCCUGGGCCCCAGCCCGAGGGUAGAGAGGGGGCCGAGGGCUCCUGACCAGAUAGGAAGGACAUUUGAGCAGAGCAAAAUGAAAGGAAUUACAACCAAAAACCCCCUCCGAGAAGACAGGCAGCAUGGAAGGCAUGGUGGAGAUGACUCAAACAAAAACUAUGAUUCUAGACCAAAAAAAAAACAAAAACAAAAAAGGAAAAAAAAAAAGAAAAUCCAGGACUCACCACCACCCACUUCGUCCUGCUUCCUCCCCGUCAAGUCCCACCACCUGGGACCUCUCCCACCCCAGUGUGGGGGAGUGGGGCAAAGAGCAGAGGAGGAAGCAGGGGCAGGGAUGGGGCAGAUGCCCUGACAUUGGUGGAGGGACCCCUGUACAGCCGGGAGUACUGGGGACCCUCCCCAUCCAACCCCCACAACUGGGAAAAGUAAAGCAAGAAAAAAGAAAAUUCCUGGGAGGGGGAAAAAAAUAACCAAAUCCCAAGCUUUAACUACAGCUGUGAAACCAAAUAUUGGGAAGGGGGUGGGAGGGAGGGAGGGGCAGGUGAGCCCCAGGUCUCCCCCCUGGGCCCCCCUCCCCCGAGGACUCGAGAUAAGGCACCAAAUACCUCAUAGAACUUUAAUGUUAAAAAAGGAAACCAAAUAUCGUUGGCUGGGGGCCAGCCAGGGCAAGGGGCUGGGGGGCUGGAGGGAGCCAGGGUUGGGAAGGUGACGGGGGAAUUCACGCCCCCCCACCCCCCUCUGCCCCUUCCACUCCGGUCCCCCUCGACUCCGGGAAACAAAACUAUCUCAUCGUUUUUAUUUUGUGGUCUGUACAGAGCCUGUGUCCGUGUGUCUGUGUGUGAGCGAGAGAGUUGGAGGGCUGGGGAGCUUUCUGUGGGGCAUGGGGAGGGAAAAGCCCCAGGCCAGGCUCUGGGCUAGGUUAGGUGUCUAAGGUGGGGGGCCAGGGGCCUGGGCUAGAAAGAGAGGAGAGAGGAGUGGAUUGGAGCAAGGGGGAGCCCUCUGAAUUUCUCUUCUCCCCAACCCUGACCUCCUGCAUAAGGGAGGGACAGAGACUGGGUCUACCCUAAUGGUGGGCCUUUUAAUUGUGCCAAAAAAAAAAAAAAAAUGCCAGUAACUAAACCACCUCUCUCUGUUCUCUUCUGGGGGGUGGGGUCGGGAUGUGUGUGGGGGUGGGUAGGGAUAGGGGAACCCAAGCCCUUGUAGGAGUUGGGGCUAAGAUCAGGAGGAGGGGAAGGAUGUGAGUUUUCCACCCAUCUCCUCCCCGGGGAAGGCCAAGGGAGGGCCUGGGAAGAUACCGUGAGGGACUAGGCAAGUCGGGGUGACCUCCAAACCCGACUAGUUUCUCUCACCCACCCAAAGCCCAGGGUGCCUCUCUCUCCUCUAGGCCAGGGUAGGGGGAACUGAGUGAGAGAGAGAGUGAGACCGAGUGAGCAAGAUUGAGACACGCGGGCCCCCACUGGUCUCUGAGUGGGAAAGGCAAGUGCGAGAGAUAAAGGCCUCCAAGAGAAAAAAGAAACAAACCAAAGAUUUAACCAUUAAAAAAAAAAAAACCCACAGACAACUCCGCUACCUUUUUAUAUGUUGGAAAAAAAAGUGAAAAAAAUUUAAAAAUAAAAAUUAAAAAAAAUACACAAAAAACUCCAAGCCGCAGGUCCUUCAUGCGGUUUGAACUUUGACCUCAGCAGUCUCCAAAGCAAGACGACGAUGAUGACAAAGGCGGAAUAAAAAGAAAAAAUAAUGUAUAUUUUUAAGUAUUUGUCCUCGAGAUGUUAGCUCCUUGUUAAACAAACAAAAAAAAGGAGAGAAAAAUUCAGAAGUGUUGCUGGGACGGAGACAACUAUUUACUAUGUCUGUGACCCCUCCCCUCUGCCUCCCUCCCCUCCUCCUCCUCUUUCCUCUCCUCUACCCCUGCUGCCCCUCCCCCAACCUGUCCCCCAAGCCCAGGGGCUCAGUAUUUAUUUAUUUAUAUAAUUGCAGGGUGACUGGGGGCCUCUCGACAACUCGUGGAGGGCCUUUGGAUCAUGGUGGAGUGGGGAAAGGGUAGGGAAUCUUUGGGAAAAGCAGGGGUCUGAUCUUUGAUCAACUCCUUUCUGGCCUCUUGUCCCACUGCUGCCACCAUCACCUCCCAAAUCCAGGGCUGCACUAGGGUAAGGUGACCACCCUCCCUUGGAAAGGUCUGCUUGGCUCAGCCUUUUCUGGUGUGGGGUAUCUCACCUACUCACUUGAAGAACCAGGUUGGAAUGAGGGUGAGGGAAGUCAGAGGGGGUGGCAAGUAGUGGGCAAGGGAGACCCAAGAAGUGGCAUCCGGAAAUCGAGGAGGCCCUGGAGUAGACCUGCCCUUCCUACAUUCCCACCGAGUUCGCCCCCCUUUCGGUUCUGACCCCUGUGUUGGUAGCCCCGCCCUUCCCAUCCUAUACCCUCGCCCUGUCUCUUCUCGUGGUAGCGGGUUAGCGUUUCAGUGUUCUUAACUCCAAUCUGCUUGUUCAUUGUACAAUGUGCUUCUUUUAAGGCCCCAUUUUUGUAACUUGAGUGUGUCAUUCAUCUGAACAACAAACAUCAAAAAAUAAAAAAUUAAAAACUGUACAGAGAGAAAUG